AUGGUUAGACCAAUGAAUGCAGCAGAUUCGUGUGUACCAUCAACAACUAGUGUUCGUUGUCAACAGAAUUAUGUUCCUAUCGUUAGAAGUGCUUUUUACGGUGUUACACAAAUAGCUGGUUCAUGUAGCUAUACACCAGGUGAUUGUAUUGCUGAUGCAAUGAAUAUAGUAACAUGUGCAACAGAUACUCUUCAAUGUAGCAUGUAUGCAGGAAGAAAAAAGCUAACGCAAUGUAAUGAUCAAUUUAGUAGUUACAUUCAUGUUGAAUAUGAGUGUGUACCCAUAUCAAUGGAUGAUUCAACAAAAGAAUAUAAUGUUUGUCAAAAUAGUACAGAAAUAACAAGUGAUCAUGGAAUAAUACGAAGUCCCGGGUAUUCAACACCAUUUCAAAUAACAACAAGCGAAUGUUUUCGUGCAAUACGUGUGCCAAAUCAUAAAACAAUUCGUCUAUGGUUAACUGACCUAUACAUUGGUUCAAUGUUGGGAACUUGUGCUAAAGAUCAUGUCUAUGUUGUUGAUAGUGUCCAAACAUAUCGACAUUGUGGUCGAGUGCGAUAUGCUUAUCCAUAUUUAUGUUCAUCGACAAUUAUUAUUCAAUAUUAUGUUACAACACAAUUAUCAAUCUAUCGUGGAAUGAGAAUGUAUUUCGAAAUAGUUGAUCGACCUUCAAAUGAUAAUUGUCCAAAUAUAGAUGGAACAGUAACACCUGUACUAUCUACACCACCAACAGUAACAACUAUAAAUCCAAGUCAAACUACAGCUAUGCCUGCUUAUGUUUUACUUGGUAUUGCAUCACCUGUUCGAAGUUUUCAAAUUUGUCGGGGUCAAUCAUUUAACAUUGUAUGUCCAGAUAAUUAUGGUGUAAUUAUUACUACAAAUAUAUUUGGUGUUACUCAAUCUGAUCAAUGUGAACAACAUGAUGCAUCGAAACAUUGUGUUAUUACAACAACUUCAACAUUUACCUGUCGUCAAAGUUGUACGUUUUUCUAUCCAGGAAACCAAGUUGUUUCAUCAUGUGGUGGUAGAACUGCUGUUUAUCAAUAUGUUGAAUAUCAAUGUAUACCAACAAAUACUGAACUUGUUUCACCAAAUACUUCAUGUCCAGCAGAUGGAUCGAAAAUUCCAGUACUAAUUAAUCGUCGUGGUCGUUUUCAAACAUAUGGUUAUCCAAGUUUUACAAAAAUGAAUUGCACUUACCGAAUGAAAACUAAUGUAGGUUAUAUUAUGAAUUUUUAUGCGCUUGACAUUAGUUUAAAUGAUUUUUUAACUGAAUGUAAAUCAAAUAAAAUAACAUUUAUUGAAGAUGGUGAAAGUGAAGGUACAGAUUUUUGUGAAGAACGUUCUUAUAGUUUAAUUUAUUCAAGUUGUUCAAAUGAACUUGAUGUAAGUUAUACUGCUAAUGAUGAAACAACAUUUUUUUCUUCUGGUGUUCAAUUAUAUAUUGAAAGUCAAACACGUCCAUCUGAUUGGGCUUGUGGUAAACCUGUAAUAACAUCAUCUCAAACAACUAUUCCAACAACACCAUUUAUAACACAAACAGCAGUAGCUUUAACAAAUGAAACCACCAUGUUUGCACGUGAUGAAAUAGAACAUGAUAUCUGUUUUAGUAGUUCAUUAAGUUAUAGUUGUCCAUCUGGUUAUACAUUCAUGAUAUUAGGUGCUUUUUAUGGUGUUAAAAAACAAUCAUCAAAUCAAUGUAGAUUUGUUCAAGGUGAUUGUGUACAAGAAACAUUAUCAACAAUAACACAAUGUCGAACUGAUGCACCUUUUUGUUUUAUAUCAUAUUCAACGAGACGACGACUUGCACGUUGUUCAGAUCAAUAUGCUGAUUAUUUACAUAUAACUAGCCAAUGUGUGCCAAGUAAAUUAGUUGGAACUGUAUCAAAUAUAACAACAUAUGAUAUCUGUGAUACAAAUAAUCCUAUUGCAAGUAUACAUGGAAUUGUUACUAGUCCAAAUUUUCCAACUUAUAAACAAACAAAUAAUGAAUGUAGAAGAACACUUUUGGGUAUAACAGAUAGAAUAGUAAAAAUUUGGAUUAAUGAAAUGGCUAUAUCAAGUGGUGAACAACGUCGCUCAGAUGAAUAUUCGAAUGAACCUGAUUUAGUUAUUUCUAAAAAUGAUGAUACAAAUAAUUUAGAUGAUAUAGAACGAAUGAAUUCAUCUAUUCGUGAUACUUGUGUCAAUGAUUAUUUAGUAAUAAAUGCUCCACAUGUAGUUUAUGUUUAUUGUGGUACACGUAAAUUAGCUCUUGCUCCAAUUUGUGCUACAACUCUAGAUAUUCAAUAUAAAGCAACAUCAUCACCAAACUUUUUUUAUAAAGGUUUUAAAUUGUAUUUUGAAUGGAUUCCAAAACCAAUGGAAAUAACCUGUGAUAAUCCAUUACCAUCAACAACAACACCUAUUAAUGAACAAAUACCAAUUUGGGCACAAAAUUUAGAACUUUCACCAAUACUUUCAGUGCAUAUUUGUCUUGGAGCAGCAAUAACUUUACGGUGUCCUCGUGGUUCUGAUUAUGUUCUAUCUAUCAUUAAAUCAAUUUAUGCUACAACAGGUACAGGUCAAUGUGAAAUUCCAUCAUCAACUCAUUGUCGCCAAGAAGCUUCACUUGGUUUAACAUGUACACAAUCAUGUUUUAUUGAAUAUAAUAUUCCAAAACUACUUGUUCAAUGUGGAUUACUAAAUGCUGAUUAUCUUUAUAUAGAUUAUGAAUGUAUACCAACACGUUUACCAAAUAAUGAAAAUCCAAUUGAUAUAUGUGGAUCAACAACAACAAAUACCAUUGCACUCGAUAGAGUCAUGAUGGUUAGUCCACAAUAUCCCAUAUUACCUGCAACUUUACGUAGUUGUUCAAAAAAACUUGAAGCGCCAACAAAUAAAAUAUGGAUGAUCUAUAUAGUUGAUUUACAUUUGGAAGCCGGACUGAUUGAUAAUACUGAAUGUGAUAGAGCAUCAUUAACUGUUAAUGAUGGAAAAGAUAGACGUGUACUUUGUGGUUUACGACAACCUGAAUUAGUUUUAAUUAGUUGUUCAAAUAUAGUUGACUUUAGUUUUGUUUCAACUCAUGAAGCAAUUGGUUAUCGUGGUUUUAAAGUCUAUUCUCAAACUAUUGAUGCACCUACUCAUUGGACAUGUACAUCGGAUGGAUUUACAACAGCAGCAACAACAGCAACAACAACAACAACAACAACAACAAUAGCAACAACAGCAACAACAGCAGCAACAACAACAACAAUAGCAACAACAGCAACAACAACAACAAUAGCAACAACAGCAGCAACAACAACAACAAUAGCAACAGCAGCAGCAACAACAACAAUAGCAACAACAACAUUAUGGACAACACCUUUUGGUACUGGUGCAGUAAGUACAUCUAAUCAGCAAAUAUUUACGUGUGGUCAACAACCCUUAUUAUUAGAAUGUGAUCAGCCUGGAUAUGGUCUUAUUUUACAUAAAGUACAACUUGGUGCAAGUCAAACUGGUGAUUGUACUUUUUCUUCGAAUGAUUGUGUUGAAGAUCGUACUAAAAUUUAUAAUACUUGUGCUGGUAAAACAUUAUGUUAUAUAUCUACGUCUGCACAAUCAAUGAAAUCAUGUAAUGGCACUAAAUCAAAUUAUGUAUAUGUUGAAUAUCAAUGUAUUCCAACACGUCCAAAACUUAUACGUGAUAUAUGUCCAUCAACAGAUUCAUCUGAAAACGUUGAAGGUGGUGCAAUAAUUUCAUCACUAAAUUAUACAUCAGAAUCUAGAACCUGUAAAUUACAAUUACAAACAAGUGAAUCAUUAGGUAGUCAAAGUUACAAAGCAUUUAAAAUUUAUAUUCUUACAUUAAAUUUACCAAUACGACCAACAUUACGUGAUCAAGGUGCUCAAUGUAGUGAAAACGAUCCAUCCAUUGAAAUAGAUGAUCCCGAAUCAGGUGUAACACGUUUAUGUGGUAAUAGUCAUGCACGUUAUUUACUUGAAACAUGUUCAAAUACAAUUGAAAUUCGAUAUAAAAAUUUAAUUGUGAAUACAGAUACAACAAAAUAUAAAGGCUUCGAAAUUUAUUUAGAAUCUAUUCAACGUGAUAAAUGUCGUCCAACACUUCCACCUUCAAUUCGAACACCACCAUUUAAUAUUACAAGUCGAAUUAUUUGUGGUUUAGCAAGUGGACGUGAAACUGUUAAUUUUGCUUGUACACCUAAUUAUGGUCUAGUCUUUUUACAAUCAUAUCAUUUUGUUACAAAAGAGCCUAGUCAAUGUAAUGUAAAUGAAUAUACAUGUUUAUAUCCAAGUAAACAACCACAAGCACAAUGUUCAGGUCAACAAACUUGUUCUUAUACUUAUCCAGUGCCACUAUUAUCACCAUUAAAUGCAUGUCAAAAUAGUCAAGCUGAUUCAACGCAAUUUUAUUAUCAAUGUUUACCAAUGAGACCAUCAUUGGAAUAUUCAACAGUCAAGUUCUGUUUUAAUUCAGAAACUUUAAAUGAGAAAGGUUUUAUUGAAACACCUGAUUAUCCUAAUACUUAUCAAAAUGGAAAACGACAAUGUUCACUAACUAUUCGAUUACCAAAAAAUAAUGAUGGUAAAAUAUAUUCUAUUUAUCUUUAUAUAAUUGGAUUAUCUUUACGUGAUACUUCAACAAUAAAUCCAUCCUCAGCUACUGAAUGUUUUGAUUCAAUAAAAUAUACUGAUGGUGAUAGAACUGAUUCUUUAUGUGGAAAAAUUGAUCAACCUGUACUCGAAUAUUAUACAAAUAAACAAGAAGUUAAUUUAACACUUAAUAUAUCAGAAGCAUUACCGUUUAGUGAAUGGAAUAAUUGGCAAGGUGCACGAUUAUUUUAUAUUAUUGGAGAUCAAUCGUUGCCAUCUCAACCAACAUCUAUAGAUGAUACAGAUAAAUCAUCAAAAGGAAAAUUGAAUCUUGGAGGUCUUAUUGCUGGUAUUGUUGUUGGUGUUUUGCUUGUAGCAGUUAUAAUUGGUUUUGUUCUUUAUCGGCGUCAUUUAUUAUUAAAAUCAAGUAUAACACCUACAGUAAAAUACGAUAAUGAUACGAUUACAGUCAAUGGUGCUACAACAAAUGAAGGAACUGAAAAACAAACUAGUACUUCAGUAGAUUUAUUAAAGGAACCAGCAACAUGA